AUGAAAACGUUAACUUUAUAUUUAAAAAUUACUACAUUCCUUCUUUUAAUAUGGAUGUAUCAAUGUUUUUAUAACUGUGAUUCCUAUAGAACAUUGAUUGACAAAAAUAUAUUGCAAACAAAAAAUGAGUUAAAACAUGAAAGAGUAUUAACAGAGGGUGACAUAGAAGGAAAAAAACAAACUAGCGCUAAAGGAUGUCUGGAAGAAUGUCCAUUAAAUAAUAAAAAAAAAAAAUGUAAAAAUCCGGAUAAAUACGAGAAUCCAUGCGAUCGAUGGCAGAGAGUUAAUACUCCAUUAUUGUGGGAGCGAUUUUAUGGAGAAACAAGUAAUAUGGACCCUAAAUGGAUAGACCAAAAAUGGAAUGUUGAAUGGAAUGACAUUUCAGCUUACAAACUUAAUGAGCUUUCUUUAAUAUAUGAUCGUCAAGAUAUUUCAGAAGAAGAUAAAGAAAAAAAAAUUGAUAGUGUUAAGAAAGAACUUUACAUAGAAUACGUGAAAUUUUUAUUCGAAUGUAAGAAAGAGGUGCUAAAGAAUAAAACAGAGUGCGAACCUAAGAAAGAGAUGAGAGACAAUAAAAAAGAAUCCGAAUCUACGGAAGUGAUAAGAGAAAAUAAAACAGAAUCCGAAACUAAGAAAGAGCAGGGAAUAAAUGAAAUAAAAAAAAUAAAUUAA